AUGUUAAGAGAAUCAACAACAUUCCGAAGACAACAGCAACAUCCUUCCGAAGACAACAGCAAUGACCUUACGAAGACAACAGCAGCAACCAUCCGAAGACAACAGCAACAACCUUCCGAAGACAACAGCAAUGACCUUACGAAGACAACAGCAACAACCUUCCGAAGACAACAGCAACAACCUUCCGAAGACAACAGCAACAUCCUUCCGAAGACAACAGCAAUGACCUUACGAAGACAACAGCAACAACCUUCCGAAGACAACAGCAACAUCCUUCCGAAGACAACAGCAAUGACCUUACGAAGACAACAGCAACAACCUUCCGAAGACAACAGCAACAACCUUCCGAAGACAACAGCAACAUCCUUCCGAAGACAACAGCAAUGA